AUGGUACUUCCUUCGUUUAUACGGCUAGCUAGGCUAUCGACCAGACUUCGCCAAGCACGAGUACACCAUUCAAACCGUCGUUAUCGCCAACCAUUUUUCCAGGCAUCUUUCCCUUAUUUGAACACCAGUUAUUACUACCAGGGGCUUCUGAAACGUCAUGAAUUUUUUGAGAGAGCCCGAUGGUGGUCAAAAGCAGAGACUGGAUCCACCAGUCAAUCAACACCUUUUCUUGGUAUAGCCGAUGGCCAUUAUGGUUUGUAUUACUCCAUGUACAAUCAUGAAUGUGAGAGAAAAGAUCGUCAAGAGGCAUAUGAAGAGUAUACCAGACGAUAUAUGACCAAUCAAUGGGAACAAGGUGAUAGAACUAAAUACAAACGAUGGAUUGCAGCUAAAUUCAUAAUUUCCAAAGCUAUUGUGGAUACACAAGUUGGUUUGGACAACUUGAAAACAGCUACAUACCGAUUGGCUACAUCGUGCUAUGUCAAGCCAACUGGCUAUUUCCUAAACUCGGGGUCAAAUUUCCACUCCACGGGGGUUUCUUCUUCUCUGAGAUUGGCCACAUCUCCCAUAAAUGGUGAUGUGUUUUCGAUAGGAAUUUCAAAAAGGUCAUUCACCACUAUUUCUGGCUCCCAAUAUCAACAACUAACCAAAUCUUUUCAAACGACACCCGUUACUAAGCAUGAUCAAGCGGAAGAACCUUUUGAGAGCAGCUUCCUACAAACGCAAGUUGCCAACAUAACCGAAGCAUUUGAGAGCCGCACGGAUGAAACAAAACUAAACGUGAUAUACCCAUUAUACCAAGCUAUCAAACGCAAUGAAUUGACAUUACCAACGGUGGAGCUUUACAAUAUCGUUUUGAAAUCGAUUAUUGACAGGCCUGUCGACAAUGAAGCUGACAUCGGUGCAAUAGAGAGAAAAUUGACCAAUUUACUCACUGUGUAUCAGGACAUUUUGUACGCAAACUUGAAACCUAAUCAAGAAACGUACAAAUUGGUUGUGAAUGCAAUGUUGGAUAGUACGAUAAAGUGUUCAUCUGUUUCUUGUUCAAAUUACAUUGAAUUCAAGGAGACUUCAACAAAAGCUAAGGAGUUUGCUCAAGUUGCAUUUGAAUUGGUUGAAUCGUCACCUAAACAUGUCCAGUUUAGCAGUGUUUUUGAUAAGAUUGUCACAUUGUCUAAAUUGUAUCCAGACCUUGUGAGUGAACUGAUUAUUACAUCAUUCAAGCAAUUGUUAUCCACACUAUACUCUACUGACUCAAAGUACUACCUCAAUGUGUUGGAGUUUUCUGCAUUCUUGCCGCAAUCUAAAUCGUAUAAUGAGCAAGAGGCGUAUGAAACUAUUUCACAAACGUACAGCAAGAUUAGAGACUUGAAUGAGGUUGAUGAAUUUGCAGUUUAUGAGUCCAUGAUGACUGCGUUAGUUAGCAACAACCAACUUGGCAAUGCGAGUCAAUUGUUGGACAAUAUUCUAAUCGACUAUAAAGAGUCGUUGCAAUUUAGUACCAAACCGUCCAAAAAGCAAGUGAGCGACUUAAUUGCUGCAUUCUUGAAAGUGUACGCCAAUAAGGUGGGUGUGGUUGAAUGUUAUCAAUUGUUGCAAAAGUUUCAACAAGUGGCAUACUUGCCUGAAUUGCCCGUAUCAUUUUACAAUUACAUGAUUGUCAAAUUGCAGGAAGAUCCUGAAGGAUAUGACGAUAUGUGGCUGUUGUAUAACCGCGUGGCUUUGAGAAAAGACUUUCAACAAACCUCGACUAUAGACAUGAUGAAAGUCGUAAAUGGAUUGUCGUGCCGUGAUGCUCUUUUAAAGCUUGCUAUUUGCAAAGGUGACCAUGAGAGAGUUUUUCAACUACUUAAGGAGAUUAUUUUGAAGGAGCACUUGAUUGGAGAUCAUCAGGUGUUCCGUAUGGUUUUGGACUAUUUGAACAAUGGAGUGACUAAUAGCAAAUCGCAAGGAGAAUUUUUCAAUCAGUACUAUUUGGGGUUGCUUUAUCAAGUGAUAUCAGCUCAAGCAAAACAUUAUCAUUCGUCGAAGCACCUCAAUGAUUUUGUGUCUGAGUUUGUCAAAUAUUUGACCAUUUCGACUCCAUUUGAAUUGGCAAACAAUGAAAUGGCAGUGUCUAGCAUUGCCAACUACAAUGUGCAACUACUCAUGAGCUCGCCAUUGGCAUUCAAAUGUGUUGAGAAUUUUGAUCUUCAAUCGGAUAAUCUUUAUGGUCUUAAUAUCAUUGCUCGUCAUUUGUUAUUGUAUUCAGGUACUGAGGAACAAACUUUGGUCAAAGUUGCAGACCUUGAAGCACACUUGAUCAAUCAGUUUGAGGAUGCAGGCAACCAUUAUAUCCAGUUGACUGAAGAUGUCAUGGUGUUGAGCGCCGAAUUGAAGGCACAUUUUGCUGAAAUUGUUGGAACCUUGAGCACCACAACGACUGCCAUUGAAAUAGCUUGUGGUUUCUUGAAUAUUCCUCGAGUGGAAGCGACUGAGGUUGCAAGGCCUUCUUUUGAUCAAGAUUUGAGCUAUUUGUUGAACGUGAAUUACACCAAAGGAGCCACCACAUUUAUUGAUCUGUUCGAGAAGGGUUUCACAUUUGACUUCAAAACUUGGAACGCCCUCAUUAACCAAAAUUUCAUCAAUGAGUACAUUUCCAGGAUUGAUGUCGCUUCUAUGUUGGAUAGGAUUUGGAUGACGGAUUGUGAAGAGGAGUUAAAAUUAUCUUUGUUAGGGAGGUUGGUUGCGUAUAAUGAUGCAUUGGUCAACCAGGAGAUCUUGGAGUUUUACUGUCGCGAAAACGUAUUCAAUAGCUGCUCGUUGAGCAACUUGUUCCAAUCUAGCACUCACAUCGAUACAGUACAGUUUGAUUUUGAAUUGGCGUACCUGAAAAACCCAGAUGUCAACUGGGUACUUUCUUACUUCAACUACUUGAGUCAACAAGGACGUUUUGAUGUGUUGUGGAAGUGUUGUACACUCGUUGAUGCCAAGUCUGAAGAGAUUCGAUUGUUUGCACUUGAAGCUGCCUACGAGACCGACAUGCACGAUUUUGCUAAACUUUUAGAAGAAUGUGCUGUUUCGCGUAACAACCCCAAGUUUAUUGAAUUGCAAAUCAAGCAUGCCAUAAGGUCUGGUAUCGUUGCCAGUGAUAUUUUGGCCAAUGAAUACAAGUCUAGUUCUCCAAAUAUCAUCGAGAGGCUAUCCUAUGUCAAGUUUUUGAACUCUUUACAACAGAGCAAAUUUGAUUACACAAAUUCUAAAUUUGUAUCCCUCAAUCACAUGGCUAGUGCAAUACUCGCAUGCGGCAAUUUUCAACAAAUGAAGAACAUGGUUGAUACAAAUCCAAUUGAAUCUAAAUCUCAGCUUGUUUCAAUCAUAUUGCAAAUGAUGAUUGAUGCAGUGCCUCAUGCACCGGCCAAAUCAAUCCUCAAUAGAUUUAUGCUUUUCAUCAAAUUUUAUAAAGUCUUGGGCUUAGGUUGUGUUUUACCCGUGCAACAGUUUUUACAAGUUAUUACAUUGUUGAAGUUGACCAAAUCGGAUUUGUUGUCAAUUUUAACUAAUAGAGUUUUGGGCAACGCUGAUGGUGGUGCCAUUUCUGACAUUGUCAAUUUUUAUUUCUUGGAAGUUCAGUUGUUUGAUAGAGAAUCGAAACAACUAGUUUAUAAUUAUUUAGAGACGAAUUAA